UGGUUCACCUCCAUCGCCAUGGUCUUCCUCAACAAGUACCUGCUGGACAGCCCCUCGCUGCGCCUCGAUGCCCCCCUCUUCGUCACCUUCUUCCAGUGUGCCCUGACGGCUGCCCUCUGCCUGGGCCUCAGCCUGGGGGCGGCCUGUGGGCCCCCCUGCUCCAGCCUGCCCACCCUCCGCCUUGACCUCAAGGUGUCCCGCAGCGUCCUGCCCCUCUCCAUCGUCUUCAUUGGCAUGGUCACCUCCAACAACCUCUGCCUCAAGUAUGUCGGUGUGGCCUUCUACAAUGUGGGGCGCUCCCUCACCACCGUCUUCAAUGUGCUGCUCUCCUACCUGCUCCUCAAGCAGACCACCUCCCUCUACGCCCUCCUGGCCUGUGGAGUCAUCAUAGGUGGUUUCUGGCUGGGUGUUGACCAGGAAGGAGCAGAGGGCACUCUGUCAUGGACAGGUAUAUUCUUUGGGAUCUUAGCAAGUCUGUGUGUCUCGCUCAAUGCCAUCUACACCAAGAAAGUGCUGCCUGUGGUGGAUGGUAGCAUCUGGCGCCUGACUUUCUACAACAACGUCAAUGCUUGCGUCCUGUUCUUCCCCCUCAUGAUACUGAUGGGCGAAUUCCACACCCUCUACCAGUUCGACAAGCUGGGGAGCCCCAGUUUUUGGGGCAUGAUGACCUUGGGGGGAGUGUUUGGCUUUGCCAUUGGGUAUGUGGCUGGACUUCAGAUUAAGUUCACUAGCCCGCUCACCCACAACGUGUCUGGGACAGCCAAGGCCUGUGCCCAAACAGUGCUGGCUGUUAUCUACUUUGAGGAGACAAAGAGCUUCUUAUGGUGGACAAGUAACUUGAUGGUUCUGGGGGGUUCCUUUGCCUACACGUGGGUGAAAGGGCUGGAGAUGAGAAAGGUACAAGAGGAUCCUAAUGUCAAAAGCAGUGAAAGAAAUGAGACUGGUGUGUAGGCAGCUCCUGUACCUCUGUUUCUGUGCCUGGGGGGUUAACCUUCGGUGCUCUUUUCCUCCUGGGGAGAAGAGCAGCAGGGAGCAGGAAAAAAACUGACCUGCAAAGUAUAUGGGGAACUGUGUGAGGAACCAGAGCCAAAAACCUGACUGGAUCAUGU